AUGUUCAAGGGACUCCCCAUCGCCAUCUUGAGCGGAAUGGCCGAGCAGUCAUACAUCGUGGACAGCCGGGCUCAAUUCGAGCCCCUUGAUAUCGAUGUUGUCUACACCUCCAGACAUCCUGAUCAGCAAGGCAGAAACGAGCUUGGCGCCGUCUUCUCUGGCAACCUGGACUUGCCUCACGGAUUCGGCAGCAACUCUGAGCGUGAGGUCUCGGAACGCAGGGUACCGCGGGUACUCGUCAUUUCCUAUGACCACGUUGUCUACCUCAGCUUCUGCACUGAUCAAGCCUUCGAGGAACUUCCCGCCCUCUUCUCGGGCGACCUGCACGUCCCUCAGGGGCCGGGCAGCAACUCUGUGCGUGACGUCUCGGAGCGCAGGUUACCCAUGGUACUCGUGAUUGUCAAGGAAACGCGUGACCGUGAGGCGAUCGACGAUGAGGUCAAUGAUGUCGUGAACUCGGCACGUGUUACUGCUUAUGAUGAUCAACACAAUCAGAAUGCGUGGGAGUAG